AGUGUUAACGUUAAAUCCGUCAGUCAUUUUUUUUUUCUAGCUUCAAACCGUUCGUACACCCGUUUCUCUUUGCGAACCUUCGCCACAACUGUGGUUUCCUCCUUCUUUCGUUGGCGUCAGACUCUACUUCACAAUGCCUAUUGCGACGGCUGAGGUCAAGCAGUUCCUGCUCAACUUGCAGGACAAGAUCUGCCAUGCUCUUGAGCAAGCCGACGGCAAGGCAAAGUUUAUUGAAGAACAGUGGCAUCAUGCGGGUGGCGGCGGUGGUGGCCGCACGCGUGUGAUCUCCAACGGCGCGGUCAUUGAAAAAGGAGGCGUGAACUUUUCGCACGUGUCCGGAAAGGGGCUGCCGCCGUCUGCGACGGAGAAGCGUCCCGACAUGGCCGGCUGUGACUUCCAGGCAAUGGGCGUCUCGCUGGUCAUUCACCCCACCAACCCGCAUGUGCCAACCUCGCACGCGAACGUACGCUUGUUUGUGGCCGAGAAGGAAGGCAAGGAACCUGUGUGGUGGUUUGGGGGCGGCUUCGACCUCACUCCGUACUACGCCGUGGAGGAGGACUGCCGCGAGUUCCACCAGGUGGCACACAAGCUGUGCGAGCCGUUUGGUCCCGACGUUUACUCGCGCUUCAAGAAGGGGUGCGACGAGUACUUCUUCAUUCCGUACCGCAACGAGGCGCGCGGUAUCGGCGGUCUGUUUUUCGACGACCUCAACGAGUGGCCGUUUGAGCAGUGCUUCAAGUUCAUUCAGGCUGUGGGGCAGGGCUACAUUGACGCCUACAUUCCGAUUGUGAACCGUCGCAAGAACACACCCUACACGGAGCAGCAGGUGGAGUUUCAGGAAUACCGCCGUGGCCGGUACGCGGAGUUCAACCUGGUGAUUGAUCGCGGCACAAAGUUUGGCCUCCAAUCCAACGGCCGCACGGAGUCCAUUCUGAUGUCGCUGCCGCCACGAGCGCGGUGGGGCUAUAACUGGCACCCUGAACCUGGAACGCCCGAGGCACGGCUGACGGAGUACUUCUUGAAGAACCGCGACUGGGUUUAA